CACACACCUGUCAAAAUGAACCGGAACCGAACCCGGUCUGAUUUUCUUCGACAAUGCGAAUCUCAAACGGACCGGCUCCCUGCACGCCGCCCUACCAGCCCGAUAUUUUCCCGCAAACCCAUACGGCUGCCUUCUUCGUCCCUGUUCAGCUGCUCGCUCCUUCUUUCUCUCUCCAUCGCACCCAAUCCUAACCCUAAUCGCCUGGAAGCUCAUCCAAUGGCAUACCCCUCCCGUGAUCGAGAAUCAGGAUCCGACCCGCCAACCCCAACGCGCCUCUAUAAUCCUUACAAGGACCUCGAAGUCCCCAUUCGAAACCUAUACCAACUUCCGACCUCCCCUGAGUAUCUCUUCGUCGAGGAGGCUCGCCGCAAACGUCGGUCCUGGGGUGAAAAUCUCACCUUUUACACUGGCUGCGGCUACCUUGCGGGCGCCGUUGGGGGUGCCGGCGUUGGCCUCGUCAAUGGUGUGAAAUCUUUUGAAUCUGGCGACACCACUAAGCUCCGGAUAAACCGGGUCCUAAACGCUUCUGGCCAUUCGGGUCGGUCUUGGGGUAAUCGAGUUGGUGUUAUUGGGUUGCUUUACGCCGGUAUUGAGAGCGGGACAGUAGCUGUGAGGGACACUGAUGAUGUGUGGAAUAGUGUGGUUGCGGGGCUCGGUACUGGUGCCUUGUAUCGUGCUGCUAGAGGCGUGAGAUCAGCCGCGGUUGCCGGAGCAGCAGGCGGAGUCCUGGUUGGUGUGGCCUUAACAGCCAAGCAAGCGUUGAAACGUUACGUGCCAAUUUGAGGAGGUUAUCUUAAUUGAGAUUUGAUUUCAAUUUAAUUCUACUUAUCAAUUUUGAGCGAUUGUUGAGGCAGAAGUUUUAGAUCAUACCACUACGUUGCACUUGGUAAUAGUGCUUUUGUUGCAAAAUGCUAUUGGUUUAAUGCAUAUUUUUCAGCCAGAUAUUGUCUAGCUUUUAGGAUGACACUUAUGGAAUCAUCUUGUAGUAAACAAUCAAAAUGGAUUUAAAUUUGGGUACAGCAUAAAAUUUAUAUCUCUUCCGUUUCUUCAA